AUGGCCCGCGAGGCUGAAGAGGGCGCAAAGGAGAAGCGCAAGGCUGCGGAAGAGCUCGCCUGGAAGAAGCGCAACGCCGCUGAGGAAGCCGAGUGGAAGAAGCGCAAGGCGGCUGGGGAGGCCGAACGGAGGAAGCGCAAGGCGGCUGACGAUGCCGAGAAGAGGCGUCAGGAGGCCGAAGAUGCGAUGGACAUCGAAGAGGAGAACGAGGUCUGCGCCAUGCUGGAUGACCUGUCGCUCGAGCACGACGAAAACGAAAACGAAGACGAAGACGAAGACGUUGAGACUGAAGACGCGGGCAAGAUGACGGCCGCCGUGGACGCUCCACUGGCCCCAGCAAGUACGCGCAAGCCCUCGCGGACUCCGAUACAUCUCCAGCUGCCGUUCGAGCAGCGGCAGGCCCACGUACCUCGCGUGGUGUUUGCGCUCCGGCAGCCCGAAGAGCAGGCGAGGACCGCGACGGAGCUAGCCGCCGCCGCCGCGCUGGUCGGGCUUUGGAGCGAGGGGCGGUUGCAGCCGAGCGUACGGAGGCGGGUGGCUCCGCUUCCCAAGCGCAAGGUCGUGUCCGUUGCGUCGCGUUCGGGUCAGGCCGGUGUCGCGCGGGCGUAG